ACACGACGGCCACCGCACGCCACAAAAUGCUAAGCAGCCCCGAAUAAUUCCGCAUCCCAGCACACUACCCACAUCCCGGAAAUAUCCCCAAACCCUCGCCCACCGCCGCCGCCGACGGCGUCCAGAUCUCGCACCAUGGAUGACGACGGCGGCGCUUCCCCGUCGCCUUCGCCUUCGGCUUCGCGCUCCCCGUCGCGGUCCCCGUCGCCGCUUCCGAUCGCCGAGCCGGUCACCGUCGCCGCCGUGCCCCCCGGCCACCUCGCCCUCGCGAUCCCCAUCCAGAAGCAUGCUUCCUCCAGCGGCGGCGGCGGCGGAGGAGGGGGCAGGGAGGACGCCUGGAGCGACGGCGCCACCUCCACGCUGAUCGACGCCUGGGGCGAGCGCUUCGUCGCGCUCGGCCGCGGCAGCCUGCGCCACCCGCAGUGGCAGGAGGUCGCCGAGGUCGUCUCCGCCCGCGACGGCUACUCCAAGCCGGUCAAGUCCGAUGUGCAGUGCAAGAACCGCAUCGACACCCUCAAGAAGAAGUACAAGGUCGAGAAGGCUAAGUCGGACUCCUCGUGGCCCUUCUUCGACCGCCUCGACUUCCUCCUCGCCCCAUUGCAGAAGCUCGCCGGCAAUUCAGGCGGGGCGGCGGGAAAUUCCGGCUCCUCCAACCCCAGCAACCGGAGCACUGCACCCAUGUCUCUGCGUGUCAACUUCCCUCAGCGCACCCGCACGGCGUUUCCCUCGUCAGCCAUGAAGCGGAGGAUGCCAUCGCCGCAGCAGGAUGCGGCGUCGUCAGAGUCUUCUGACGGCUUCCCGCCGGAACCAGUGGCUGAGGCCGUGAACGGCAAGAGGCACCGCGUUGAGGAGUCGGCCAAUGGAGCGGACAGCAGCAACCGGGUGCAGGGCCUGCGCGACCUGGCGCAAGCCAUUCGGCGGCUUGGGGAGGUGUAUGAGCGUGUGGAGUCCUCGAAAAGGGGGCAUGAGCUCCGGAUGGAGCAGGACCGCCUGGAAGCUGCACGCGAGCUGGAGGAACAACGUGUGCAGUUCUUCCUCAAGAUGCAGACGGAAUUCUCCAAGGCCAACAACGGUGCCACACUCCCUAUCUCACUUGCCAUGGCUGCUAUGGUUGGCAAUUCAGUCCCAGCUGCGGCCGCCGGCGCUGCCGAUGGCAACGGUUCUUCCAGGAGAAACUCUGUGGCAACCGAAGUUGCGACCAGCAGCAAUCAUCGUGUCCGGUACCGUUUUAAGGAUCCUCAUGCCUCACAACGCCCUUCUUACCAGUACAACCAGAACAAUGUCUCCGCCGAUGCGACGGGCACCGGGAGUGGCAGCGACUCUGACAAUAAGGAAGAUGAGGAUGAGAUGGAAGACGAAGACGAAGAAAGCCAGUAACCUCCCUCACUGUAACGAUGAUCCGAGAAUUUGUAUCUGUUAAUUAGCAUUGUCCUGGUUAGAAUUGCUCCCAAUUAGGUUGGUCUCGGAGCAAGAUAUGACUAUUUAGUGCUGCUAGGUUGUAGUCAUGUUAGCAACCAGGAGUAGCAGAGUGAUGGGUAAGCCCCAUAGUAACUUGUAGCUGCCUCUUUGUAUUUGUGAUGUGAUUUUGUGAUAUUGAGGAUGUCCCUCCAGUCGAAUGUACUGUAACAUGUUUAGGUA